AGAAAGAGAGAGAGAGGGGAUAGAGUAUAAUGCGCAUGCGCGGCGAGAAUCGUUUCGUUCCCGAACGGUGGGCAUGACGCCAUUACUGUCCCGUUGGUACCGGCUUCAAGCAGGAUCUGCAUCGCUGUCAUUAAUUACAGAUUUUCAAGAAUUCUACUAAGUGGAAAGGAGCAGAUUUUCAAGAGAUCUACUAGUGAAAAAUAGGAAAUUUGAUGAAAAGAAUUUGUUGCAGUUCUAUAUCAUACAUUAGAGAGUAAAACAGCAACUAUAGAAGGAGGCGUUAGAAAGGACGAAGAGAAGGCACGUGUAUAUCUUUAGGAGAAAGUAAUUUAUCCUUGUGUUAUCUUCGAGCAGAAUCGGGGAUAUCGAUUUAAAAGAAAGUUGAAGCAGAGUCAAGAGUGUCUACUCCAGAUGACUAGUCGCCUGGUCCGAUAGGUGUAUCUGUGAACACGAUAAAGUUAAUUACUCCGAAUCAUUGCCGAAUAUAUCUCUCGUUACACUUUUUUUCUUACAUUCCGAGAAAAUAAUGAUUCUUGUAUAUAGUAACGAAUGAAAAGCUUAUUGAUAGAUUUUCUUAAAGUAAGAAAACAAAGCUUUCUUUAAAAUCACUUUGGACUGCACUGAAUACAUUGAAGAAGAAGAAGAAGAAGAAGAAGAAGAAAAAAAGAAAAAUCAAAGAAAAACGAAAAGAGGAUCCGUAAUCGAUAGGGAAUUUCUUAUGUCUCUCCCGAACAACAUGCAUUAGCCUUCCUCAAGAUUAGAAAGGAGGGAGAGAGAGAUAGACAGAGACAUAGAUGAAGCUAUAGAGAUGGAAGAAUAAAGAAGACCUUCCGAAUCUUUCGAACAGAUAGAAUUUAAGAGAAAGGACAGCAAGGAUUAGCAUUUAUUUAGGUGUCGUGAGGGAAGUCAACAAGCGACAAGGUUGUUGCAUAAAUAUUCAAUGAGAAGUAUUACUGAUAUAAUGGUCUUCGAUGAUGGAGGUUAAAAUAUUGAAGGAAAGAAUCGAGAAGAAUAUUUAGCGUUUCGGAAUCCUUGGAGAAGAAGAAUAAAGGAUAUAUUUGUGAUGUUCCGAAGAGAAUCCGCAGUGGUAGCUGGAAAGUAACGGGAAAGGAUCGGGUCUUUCCUCUUGAGUGGAGCAGAAGCGCGAGAUAAAGGCAUAGCACCAGUAACAUGUAGUAAAAGAGAAGAAGGAAGAAGGCCUUCCCUAAUACAAUCCCAUCCUUAAAAGCAAUCAUAUUGAUUAAGAGCACCAUCCUUGCCGAAACACGAGCUGGCCGGUGUAGUUCCUGUUUAUUUAUCCCCUAAAUUGCAGCGGAGCAAUUUCUAAUACGUGGAUAAUCGAGUAAUUAUUAUAAAAGCCUAGACUCUCGAUCAAUCACUAGGUGCUGAUAACGCCGAUAACUAUCUAUUUCGAGAGGCUAUGACACUUGAAAGACUGCGACAAGAAAUUGGGUUUAUUUAAGAAAAGGUUUCCGAAGGUCAACUGGUCAUCUCACCGCACUUCGUCUUCGAGGAGCUCUAGCAUUCCUAGUAGGGUUGCCUGGAGAAAGCACCUAAGUCACUAGGACACCUAAGUGCUGAGGGAAAGCAUCGAGUCGUUACACCUGGCGCGAAAGCACUAUAAAUCGUACAAAGGUGCUGUGAUUGGUGCGGAAGUGCUCAACACUGACGUGAUCGUGCUACAACUUCGAAAAAAGCUAGUAAAAUCGUCCUACCCUGUUUUAAAUCAUUGGCCGGAUAUGUCAGCUGAAGGGCUCCGUGGUAGGUCGACGAGGAAAGGAAAAAAGGGAAACGUUUCGACGUGCCGUCGUCGUGAGUACUACGGCGGCCGCGCAUUCUCCCACACCUCAACGGUUACUACACCCAGCGGAAGAUUUAAACUUUCAGUUAACGGAGGGACAGGGGAUUGUUAGAGGGCAGAGUCGGAAGAAGUGGAUGAAAUUCACAAGGGGAAGGAAGAAAUAUCUCACGCUGGAUUUCACUGCUAUUUUAUUCUGUCGGACCUCGUAUACUGCUACCAUCACCACUACUACUGAUGCCGCCACCGCCAUUACUACGCCGUUACUACUUUGAAUCCAUGCACGUGGCAAAAUGGUAGAGACGCAAAAGGCCCUGCUAUUAGUAGUACUGGCUGUUCUGGCCUAUCCAAACGAUAUUUUUGGAGGUGCUUAUCAACCGGAAUUUGCUGGCCCUAUUACGAAUUUAACGAUACCACUUGGAAGGGACGCGACCUUCACGUGUCUAGUCAAACAUUUAGGAGGAUACAGGGUAGGCUGGGUGAAGGCCGACACCAAAGCGAUACAGGCCAUUCACGAUCACGUAAUAACACACAACAAGAGAAUUUCGGUGUCUCAUAGUGAUCAUACCAUAUGGAAUCUUAAUAUAAAGAGUGUCCAAGUAGAAGACGAGGGUUUAUAUAUGUGUCAGAUUAAUACAGAUCCGAUGAAAAGCCAGACAGGUAUGCUGUCAAUCGUAGUACCACCUGACUUUGUACCAGAAGAUACAUCCAGUGACGUUAAUAUUGGAGAAGGUGGUCAGGUGAAGUUAACGUGCCGUGCAAGAGGCGUACCCCGGCCCCGCGUAUCCUGGCGUAGAGAAGACGGCAAGGGUAUUAUAAUUCGGGAGCCAGCAGGAAGUGCUUUGAACCAGAAGUCUCACGUAACAACUCUAACCGAAUUUUAUGGGGAGGAAUUAAAGUUAACGAAAAUCUCGAGAACCGAAAUGGGUGUUUAUUUAUGCAUUGCUAGCAAUGGAAUACCACCAGCAGUUAGCAAAAGAAUUUCUAUAAACGUUCAUUUCGCUCCUGCUAUUCAUGUACCUAAUCAACUAGUUGGAGCUCCUUUAGGUACUGAUGUAGUCUUGGAAUGCUACGUCGAAGCAUCUCCUAUGUCGAUUAAUUAUUGGAUAAAGGAAAAAGGAAUGAUGAUAAUAUCCAGUACGCAACACGUAGUCGACAUGAUCGAGAAGUCUCCGUUCGAAGUACGUAUGAUUCUGACGAUAAAGAAUCUUCAGAAACACGACGUGGGAACGUAUCUCUGUGCAGCGAAGAAUUCUCUUGGCGAGGUUGACAGCACGAUUCGUUUGUACGAGAUACCUGGACCAGCUAAAACGGAACUAGCUACUUGGGCUUCCUUCUACGAGGAGACUAAUAACAAGAUCCCUUAUGGUCAAACGGAGAUGGAUAAGGUGGAAAAUAAUUCCGUUUAUAUGGAAAACUCUCUUCUUCACGGUUCAAACUACGCACGCCUUCCUCCGACAUUAGCAACGGCUUUACCUACCUCCGUCAAAAUCGACGAAAAACAGCCAACUAUGAACGUCUCUUCUUAUGCCACCGAUCUUACCAUAAGACAUAACGCUUUAUUUUUAUUAUUAUUAUCAUUUUCGAUCACUAUGCCUCGGUGGUCACAGUGAUGACGAUAUGAUAAUGACGAUCGAGAGACUCGAACUAAACCAAGCUGAUCGUUUAGUUUUGUCGUUUUAUUCGAGAUCGAUCGAGUGAAUAUUAUUGACAUUAUGUCCGAUAUCAUUAUUCAUCCUGAAAAAAAAAAUUCUUUUAAUAGUUUAGAUGCUGACGAAAUUUUCUUAUCGUCGUCGUCUUCCUUGAUACAUCAACUCUACUAUGGAUUUUCAUCAUGGAUAUAAGGCGCUUCGUAUUUAUAUAGAUUGAAUUAGAGAGAGAGAAAGAGAGAGAGAGAGAGAGAGAGAGAGAGAGAGGAAAAAAGAGAAAGAAAUAGAGUUGAUGAACAUUUUAAUAUCCAUAUAAAAUUUCAUCGCGUAUGUAUGUAUGUAAAACGCGUCGCCUUGUAUCAUAUAUCAAAUUCGCGUUUUCAUCGAGUUCUAUACCGACAUUUACGAAGAUCAGAAAGUUAAAUAAUCGCAUAGUCUUUUAAAUUUGUUUAAAUUAUAUAGGUAUAGCCUGUAGUAUCGUUAGUUUUUAUCAGAUCUGGGCAUUAACAAAAUUUAUUAUUAUUUCUUAAUCGCACUUUUAAUAAAAUUAAAAGAGUUUUAAAACGAAAGUUUUAAUAAUUUUAAACAAAUUAGACAAAUCAUUGAAAAUGAUUUUGUUUGAACGAAAUGUUAUCUUGAUAUACUUAAUUUAAAUAUACAGUUUGAGAUCAAAAGUACUUAGUUGAUUUUAAGAAUCAAUUACUCUUUUGUGAGAUUUUUUAUAAACUAAUUUUCUUUUUCAAAUUGUAAAACUAGAUGCUUAACUACAAGCUUAAAAUAUUCUCGGAAGAGAGUAAUUGAUUUUUAAAAUCAUUUAGAAACUUUUAAUCCUGUAUAUAAAUGGUUUCUUUACUUUUUAUAUUUAAAUUGUUUGUAUGAUCACAAAAAACGGAUAUCAGUUUUUGAGAUAUUAAACUUCUUUUGUGUUUGAAACAAUAAAUAUGCCCAGAUCUGGCUUCGACGAGAAACGAUAUUGUUUUCUGCGAGAAGAUGGUGGAUAGCUUCUCUGGAAGAGUAACUAAAGACUGAAGAAAAAGAAGAAGAAAACGAAGAGGAAGAUCUAUUAAUUGUCACUCGAAAACACUUUCACCGGUUGACGAUACUUUAACAUUAAAAAAAAAAAACAUUUUUCCGCGGUACACCAAUCUCUUGAUUUACGCGAAAUGUUUGUUUUCCAUGCAGUUAUUUUUUACGCGGAUAAAAAUCGUCUAAAAUGAAAUCUGUCAGUAUGGAAAAAAAAUACUACAGAGGAAAGCCAGUAUAAAUUAUAAAAAUAUUUAUUUUUCAUAUAGGUUCAUACCAAAAAAAAAAAAUUAUAAAAUAUUCUACAAAACGUAAAAUAAAUUUUAUUCUUUGUCGUUAUCGCGGUAUCGUACUUCGUAUCGAAUUUCAAAGCAAUCAAUGUUUUCUUUUUCAAUUAGCUCAAAGUCAAAGCACUCGUUAAAAAUCUUGUCUUUAUCAUACAUUAUGUACAUUAAAUUGACAACGCAGUAGAAAUUCAAUAAAAAGUAUAGAAGAAUAUACGUAUGUAAUCUUUGAACGGGGGAAAAUAGAUCGCGUAUAAACGUACCGUGUAAAUUUAAUAUUAAUGGUGGUUUAAUUUACAUCUAUAAAGAAAAUCGCGUAAAUCAAGGAAGGAGGGUGUAGUUUCAAAGUAGACAUAAAACGUUUAAGAGAGAAAUCACCAAUAGAUAGACAGUAAUCGGUAGUUUUUUCGUUCCAUUUUAGAGAGCACCCAUAGUUGAUUUGUAAGA